AUGAGGAUAACUUGCGUACUCUUUGGCCUGUCGUUGCUCGUCGCCUACAUUCACUGCGGUCCUGUCGUCAAGCGGGAAACAGGAGCGGAAGACUUGAGUCCGUUGAACGAGGUGUACGUGGUGGAGGCAGACGACGACCAUGCCGUGGACGAUGACAGGACAGACAGGGACAAGAGGAAGAUCGGUGUUGUGAAGCUGGGCUUGUCUAACGGGAUCAUCAACUUCGUCUUCGGCAAGCUGGACUCCUUCCUGGACUCGAAGACGAAAGCUUUGGGAGCGCUGGACGAAGCGAACAAGGCGAAGAACGUUGCCUACGGCAUCGACGCGAAGCACUCGGCAACGACCAAGUUCAUCAGCGAUCUGGUGGCGGCUAAACUUCAGGCGACCAGUGGAAGCAUCGGUCCAGUGAUACACAGCGCCCAGACGUUCCUCACGGGCGCGAAAAACGGGUUGGCUGGAGCUGUUAUUUCGAAAUUCGCGCCGCUCAGCUCGUUGUCCGGAGGUUUGUCCGCUGGAACCGCCGCGAAAGUUGAAUCUGCGCAUGCCGGGGCUAGCAUAGGUGGAUCGACUGUGGGGAUCUUAGGAAAUCUUCUGAGCUCGAAGAUCAGCAGCCUGUCAGCGUUGAGCAAGAACACCGGUGGCCCUGCCCAUGCCGAUGGUGGCGUUAAAGUUGGAGCGUUUGCAAAUUUAGGAGGGGAAAGGAUCUCCACCACCACGGAGGACAUUCCCGAGUUCGACAGGACGAGGGUGGCCUUGGACGUGCCGCCGCGGGCGUUUAAUUCUGGUUUCACCCUAAUUACCAAUGUCAGCAAAAUCCUCAAUAGCGUGAUCCUCAAUUCAGCCCGUAGAACACAGACGUUACUAGAGAUAUUCAAGCCGUUCUUCCGUGGAGCGUUCGCCAUCAAGGGUCUACCUUCGGAUAAUCCUCAUUAG